AUGAGUCCUACAUGCAAAGUAGAUAGUACGAGCAGUCAACUGACUGAAUCAGACUUGGAUAUCACACCUUCCAGAAAAAUCACCAAGAUCAACAAGCAUCGCCAGCAAAAAUUCAGAGACGCCUGGCUUAAAAAUGAAGAUUACAAGCAAUGGCUUAGUAAAGUGCCUGACGAUCAGUACAAAGCUAAAUGCCGUACAUGCAAUGUAAUAAUGAAUGCAGAGUUGACUGUGAUAAAAAAUCACAUGACAUCGAAAAUUCAUCUUCGAAAGCCUUUAGCAUCUCAACAGUCAAUUUCUACUUUUAUAACAAAAACUGACGAAAUCAGCACGAAAACCAAAGCAACUCAAGCACUUGAAAUAAAGUUAUGUGGUUUUCUAGCCGAACAUAAUAUAUCCUUCACCACUUUAGAUCAUUUGACAACACUAUUGAAAAGUUCUGUGCCUGACUCUGAAAUUGUUAAGAACAUGCAGAUGAAAUCGACGAAAGGAACUGCGAUAGUAAAAAAUGUCAUUGCUGAGGCCGAAAAAGAAUAUCUGCAAAAAAAAUUGCAGAUCAGUCGGUUCAGUGUUUUAAUUGACGAAUCAACCGAUAUUGGGGGCAUACAAACGAUGUGCAUCAUUGUGAGGUUUUUUGACGCUGAAGAGGGUCGAGUGGUCAGCAAGUUUUGGGAUCUCUGUCAAAUUUUCGAGCAAGAUUCGGAAGUGGAGAGUGCUACGGCAGAAUAUUUGUUCGGACUAGUAAUGAAGUCCUUUGAAGAUUACGAGAUUUCAUUAGAGAACAUCAUUGGAUUCGCGUCGGAUGGAGCCAGUACAAUGAUGGGAAAAGAUAACUCGGUAGCUUCAAGAUUUCUUGAAAAAUGCCCUGGCAUUUACAUUUUCAAGUGUAUAUGCCACUCAUUGCAUCUUUGUGCCAGCAAUGCAUGUAAAAAAUUACCAAGAAGUUGUGAAGAUCUGGCUCGAAAUGUCUAUGGUGAAUUUAAAAACAGCGCUAAACGACAGCAAUUGUUCAAAAAGUUCCAAACAUUUUUAAACAUUGAUGUUCACAAAAUUCUCCGUCCAGCACAAACGCGUUGGUUAUCUUUAAAAGCAGUCGUUUCGAGGAUAAUUGAACAGUGGCCUGCACUCGAAUUAUACUUUAGAGACCAAAUGCUAACUAUUUGAUUAAAAUCUGUUGAACAGAUUGUCCAAGCUCUCAACAAUCCGAUCAUCAAACUAUUUUAUCUUUUUCUGGACUAUAUACUACCUAAAUUUACUAAACUAAAUGAACUCUUUCAGUCAUCGUCGGUAGUUGUUACAAGCCUCCAUGAUAAAAUGUGUAAAAGCUAUCAAGAACUUUUAGAAACGUACAUGUCCAGAGAUUAUAUUUAUCGGACCAAUUUAAGUGAACUAGACCCAUGCAAUGAGUCGCAUCGUUUACGUCCGGAAAAUAUGUACUUCGGAGUUGAAGUCAGAAAAAUGCUAGAUCAGGUCGAAAUUCGCAAUAAUGAAAAAUUAAAAUCAGAUUUCGCAACGACUUGUGCCGAUUUUCUAAUUGAAGGUUGUAAAGAAAUUAAAAAGCGCUAUGAUUUUUCAGAUCCUGUUUUAAAAUUAGUCUCGUAUCUGAAUCCGUCGAAAGCAAUUUUGAGAAAGACCAGGGAUACUGUCCCCAGUUUGCUGCCCUUGAUGAAGGUUUUGCCUCGUAUUACAUCAAGUGAUCAAUAUCAAAUAAUCGAUGACUCCCGGCAGCUGUUGGAAUGUGAAGAAGGAGACCAAGGAAUGACUUUUAAAAACGUUUCAAAAUUUUUGCUCGAAACAAUAUCACUUCCACACUCGAAUGCUGACAGUGAACGCAUAUUCAGCAAAAUUAACUUAAUUAAAACUAAGGCUCGCAAUAAAAUGACAAUUUCGACGGUAAACGGCGUGCUAUUAGCUAAACAACGAGUUAGAGGUAAAGAAAACGAUUGCACAACGUAUGAUCCAUCACAGAGUGAAUGUAGUCGGAUGAACAAAGCAUUAUUAUACAAAAAAAAAAUUACUACAGAAAGCACUGCCAAAACGGUUCAAGAUUUAUAUAGUGACGCGGAUGUAGAGGAAUUUAAUAAUAUUUUAAUGCCAAACGAUUUCUAA